CCCUAUGAUUUGGGACUUGGGUGGAGGAGGGUCAUAGUUCCUAAUAAGUGAGACUUGCCUGCUCCUUAGCAUCUGUCCUUUCCUGUUCUCCAGUAUGGUGUGUCUGUGGUUCCCUGGAGGCUCCUGGAUAGCAGCACCUCUGACAGUGACACUGAUGGUGCUGAGCCCUCCCUUGGCUUUGGCGAGGGACACCCAACCGCGUUUCUUGGAGCAGGCUAAGUCUGAGUGCCAUUUCUAUAACGGGACGCAGCGGGUGCAGUUCCUAGAGAGACACUUCUACAACCGGGAGGAGUUCGUGCGCUUCGACAGCGACGUGGGGGAGUUCCGGGAGGUGACGGAGCUGGGGCGGCCGGACGCCGAGUACUGGAACAGCCAGAAGGACUUCCUGGAGAGUAGGCGGACCGCGGUGGACUGGUUCUGCAGAGUCAGCUACCAGAUCUCCGACCGCUUCCUGGUGUCCCGGCGAGUGGAGCCUAAGAUGACUGUGUAUCCUGCAAAGACCCUUCCCCUGCAGCACCACAACCUCCUGGUCUGUGCUGUGCAUGGUUUCUACCCAGGCAAGAUUGAAGUCAAGUGGUUCAAGAAUGGCCAGGAAGAGAAGGCUGGGGUGGUCUCCACAGGCCUGAUUCAGAAUGGAGACUGGACCUUCCAGACCCUGGUGAUGCUUGAAACAGUUCCUCAGAGUGGAGAGGUUUAUACCUGCCAAGUGGAGCACCCGAGCCUGAUAAAGCCUGUCACGGUGGAAUGGAGAGCACAGUCUGAAUCUGCACAGAGCAGAAUGCUGAGUGGAGUUGGGGGCUUUGUUCUGGGUCUGCUCUUCCUUGGGGCAGGACUGUUCAUCUACUUCAGGAAUCAGAAAGGACACUCUGGACUUCAGCCAGCAGGACUCCUGAGCUGAAGUGAAGAUGUUGACACUCAGGGAGGAAACUUCUGUCCCAGCUUAGCAGCAUAAAAGGUAUCCUGCUGGGCUCCUGUUCUUCCUCACAGAGAGCACUUUCUCAGGACUUUGUUCACUCCUGUUCAGAGACCCUGCAGACAAUGUCCUCCCUGGUGACUCCCUCAGCCCAUGCCCUUGGUCUGGAAGUCCCAGUAUUGGCUCAGUGUCUUAUCUCUAUUCUUUGCUGGUCUCCUUUGUAUCCAGCCCUCUUGCCUCCCAUGGAGCUGCACUCACCUUGUGCUGAACUACUUUAUUAAAUU